UGUCCUUUUUGGGAAUUCCGCCAUUAUUCCUCUCCCCACGUCGUAUGGACAGCAGAUCGCCACCAAAUCUUCUGUACUUGACAAUAUACAAUCCGACACUACGACCAGCAGAUAACUUGCCUACAGAUGAUGAAGAUGCGGAGGAACAAGCGCAUAUUUUGUUCUACACAUCGAAGGAACGGGCCGUCUCUCGCGACAGGAUGCUCAGACAGGUCGGAUUAGCUAAAGCCUUGGUGAACUUCUCAGAUAUGUUCAACCCAGACGAUGCCUGUAACAAUAUACAUUCCCAAGGCAGGCGCAUGGUCAUGGUGUCUCCGGAGCCCGACUUUUGGAUAACCGCAUGCGUCGAGCUGGCAAAGACCAUUCGUACACCCACCGUUGGACGAAGCAAGGGCAAGCAGAAAGCCAAGACAGGUACCACCAGCAAGGACGUGGCUUUAGUCUGUGACUACCAAGACUCAUCUGUUGAUGACAUAUCUCUGAGAACGGAUAUUUGUCGUGGAUACGAGCAAUUCAAGCUUACACACGGUUCAUUGACGAGUAUCCUUUCAGCACUUGGACAGCAAGCAUUAGAACUGCAACUAGAAAGAUUCUUUACCCCAUGGGCAUGGGCCUGGAAUUUGGAUUGCGACCGUGGAUUCGGAGACCACCUUGGCAUACCAUUACAUCCCCAAUACCGCUCCCUGGUACCCCUCUUAGACGAUUUCGCAUCCCUGAUACCCACUACAGCCUCGUCGAUAAUAGUUACCCCCUCCCAUGUGAUACCAUCCGCGUCUUUUGUCAAAGCCCGUUACCCUUCCUCCUUUCCAGAACACCUAAUGUGCCUAAUACCUCCCCCUCCCCCACCUUCACCGCAGUUACCACCGGAUUCCCCUGUAAAGAAGCGGCCGCCUGACCCAGAAGCAGACACACGGUCGUCCUCAUUCCUCGGCAUGCCCACGGGGAACCUGAAUAUGAAUAUGGAUGUUCGAAAGUGGGGUUGGCCUGGGUACCUCACAUUUAAGGGAUCUGCAAAGCGGCCAGAAAUACCAACGGCAGAGGUCAACCCUCCUACACCCAAGGACGGAGGGGAGGUUGAAAAUGUUGAAAUCGACAAGAGCGCGUUGGACGAUGCUAUUCAUUCAGAUGUGAUUUCUGUUCACAGUACCAAGCCAAUGAAUGGCGAUGCCGCGGUGAAAUCUUCUCAUGGUGACGAGAGUGGUGAAUCCGAGACUUCGGCUGGGACUUCUCAGAGCUCAUCGCCAGGAUCAUUGAAUAUGUCGUUAUCUGCGGACGAAAAAGCUGUUUCACAGGGCUCGCAUGACAAUUCUGUGGAGAGUUCUACAUCGUCUCGUGAUGAUGGUUCCUCAACUUCUUCGAAGGAAGGGAGCAUUUCUUCACCAAGCCUAGAGCCUCCGCCAGAGCUCUCUAACCUUACGGUAUACCUCUCGGACCCGCCUGAUGGUCUCAAUACAAGACGGAGCAAAGUAGUAUACAUGACACAACAUCCUGUCCUUGUUGCAGUGGCUGGGCUUGAAGACGCUGACUACGAUCUGAGUCUUGCUGCAAAGGUCCAUCAACUAUGCAUGGAAGUAAAGGGAAUCCUCGACGAUAACGCAUUAACCAGCAGUAGCACGGAAACGUUACCGUCAGCUACUAAGAUUCUACAGCCAAAGGAUCGACAUCUUGUUUCCAGGGCCCAAUUCACUAUGUCCAACGACAAGUUCGCAGCCAAGCCAGAGCAGUUCUAUAUCGCGCAACACCUGCUAGAAAGCGACCCCGAUGUCCAAGAAGUCUUUUCUCGAGGCAUGAAUCCGCAGCACUGGCAUAUCGCUCAGCGUGCGCUGAAUCGAGAUACGGAUGGAGAUGUUUACCUCGAAGUAUCCAGAAAGGAAACGAGUUUGUCUGACGUGGAUAAUGUUUUAGCUGGGGUUGUUCGGAGGUAUUCUUCUGUAGACGUUUUUCUACCAUAGAUGAGGACUUUCGUAAACUAUGUAUUUGCUUACUUGCUGUGAAUUUCAGGCGACUUAGACGAUAUUGGGG